UCGGCCAGCGUAGAGUGGUGCUCUGGUGUGCACGCGCGCGUUCUGUGUGCUCUGAGCGCUGUAGCUACGCUUCGCGAUUCUUUUGUGACGAUCGGCGAUUGACAACUUGCCCGUUGCAGUGGAGGCGCUUGAUUAGUGGAAGGUUUUGGUGUUGUUUUGGUUCACUACGCUACGUUACGUACGAACCGCGGCUACCGCGAACGACCGGUCGACCGGAGCAGUGAAACCUGUUUCGCGAGAUCCGCGACCGUUUAUUGGUGUGGAUAACCAGUACAAACCAGUUCCAAGCCCGCCGGUGGGCAAAUCCCAAGCUGUAGAUUGUGUGUCGUGGGCGCAAGAAUAACGAUUUUCCCGAGUAUCUUCUACCGAAAAUUCCGAAGAACUGGUCUCGGGUUAGCGUAGCCGCCGGUCGCCGAGCCCGAUAAUUUGUUGACAUUCGGUUCCGUUCGAACCGUAAGGUGCCAAAAUGUGUCUCGCCGUGGUAACAGUCCGACGGUAGCUAUCGUCUAGUGUCGAGCUAACGAACUGCUGCUGCUGCUGCUGCUGCUGCUCAUCAGAACGUGGUCCCUACUCGUGUGUGUUCUCGUUCUGUGAAAGCGAACGUCUUUCAGUCUGGGAGAAUGGGUGGCCGGAUCUUCGCUUCGCUGCUGGUGCUGUUCGGUGUGCGGUACAGUGCGUGCAACAGUUUGCCGUGUGAUUUCAUCGAUUCGGUCAACAUCACGGACGGGGUGCGGCUAGCGAACGGUAGCAUCAACCACAACGGUAUCCUCUACAGUCCAACCUACUACCGGGAGAUCGACUACGAGUAUGAGGACUUUGCGACGCGCAAGUACGUUCCACCGUACAUCCGGGGGUGUCUGUGCGCGGUGCGGAUCUGCGUACGUUUAUGCUGUCGUGACAAUGAGCAUCUGGCCAUCGGUUGCACAAAGGCGGACAUGGUGUUCCCGAUCCGGGCCAACGUUAGUGUGAACGCGACCCGGGAAAUGAUCGAUCUGCGUGAGAGUCCACUUUAUGGGUUCCUGCACGGUAAGCCCUGUGCCCAGGUGUACGAGUUGUUGCCACAAGACAGUCCCCACGAUGAGUGGACGAUCGCAAGGAAUGGUAGCCUUAUCAUUGAGGAGGGCAUGCUGAUACCACGGAACCAGUACUGUCUAGCCCCGCGUUACAACGAGACCUACGUAUCCGGCCUGGUUUGCUUCGUGGCCGAUCCCGAGUUCCGGUAUCAACUAUACCCGGUCGGCAUGCUGAUUUCGGUGCCAUUCCUUCUGAUGACAUUCUUCGUGUACGCCUGCAUCCCGGAGCUACGCAACAUGCACGGAAAAUCGCUGAUGUGUUACGUGCUGGGCCUGAGCGUCGGUUACACGGUGCUGUCGUUGGUUCAGCUGAAGGUGUUCCCUGGUUCGAGCAUCUCGUGCGCUAUCUCCGGCUACAUCGUCUACUUCUCCUUCAUGGUUAGCUUCUUCUGGCUCAACGUCAUGUCCUUCGAUAUCUACUGGACGUUCAAAGGCGUGACUGGUGUUCGCAGCACGGAAACGAAAAAGUUCGUCCUGUACUCGCUGUACGCGUGGGGCUGUCCGAUUCUGCUGGUAGCGGCCGCUCUCGUGGCCGACCACACGGAACUGGUGCCCGUCUAUCUGCGUCCACAGUUUGGCCUUACCCGGUGUCUCUAUGUUGAGAACAAGCUGAUCGAGUUUAUCUACCUGUACCUACCGCUGCUGAUUCUGGUGUUUAUGAAUGUGCUGUUCUUCGUCGUUACCGCAAUACGCAUCUUCAAGAUCCAGUGCGAAACGUCCAUGAUACGCCGGGGUGACUCGAAGCGCCAUACCAAGCUGGACAAUGAUCGUGAUCGCUUCGGACUGUACCUACGGCUGUUCAUAGUGAUGGGUGUGACCUGGUCGCUGGAAAUCAUCUCCUGGGUCGUCGAUAACAAUGCGUGGAUUUUCUACGUCUCGGACGUGUGCAACUGCAUCCAAGGGUUUCUCAUUUUUGCACUGUUCGUGUUGAAGCAGAAAAUCAAACGAUUGAUCUACCGCCGGUUCGGAAUACGAGAGGUACGGCAGGAGCAAGCGAUGUCCUCGUGCAGCACGCGCACCACCGCCUCCACGAUGUCCUCCUUCAAUGGGUCCAAGUCGGAGAAACCGUUAGUCUUGACAAACAAUUCCAGCUUGGCACCGGUUCCGUCACGACGUCUGAUGGUGCAGUGCGCAGCUUAUCGAUACCGCGCACCGAUAAGACGAACCACUAGCUGGUGGUGGUUGUGGUGCUGCUGGUUUGGAUGCGUGUUGUGGCUAUCAGGUGUACCGAGCCGGGUCAGUGGUGCCGUAGAACGAUGCUCAGGGCUAGAAGCGAUAGAUCUCACCAACGGUACCAUCGUCACCGAUGAUGGAGUGAUCGAGCAUGAGGGCAUCCGCUACAGUGCCUCCCAGUACUUCCGGGACGAGUCCGGAGUACGGCGGGGUUGCGUUUGCCGGGUACGUCAGUGUAUCUACGUGUGCUGCACGACAUCCGUCGAUCAGUGUUUGGUGAGCGAGUUGCAGGUGAACAUCACGGAACCGACGGUCGGGAGCCAACAUACGGAGGAUCUGAUGGCGGAUGACCGGUAUUAUCUGCUGUACGCGUUACCUCCCUGCGACGGUGGCCAUAUGCUGGCCAUCAACUGGGACGAAUUCCUGCUCCACUCGGGUGGCCAGCUGGCGUACGGGACGUCCCUGUUCGGGUACGAGCACUUUUGUCUCCUGGCCGCCGAUGAGGACGGUCUGGUGAAUGCCGGAUUCUGCGAGACGAUCGACAUCAAUGUGGCGCACCGUUGGUACUCGGUUGGGUUCCUGGUGUCGAUUCCCUUCCUUGUGGUUACGUUCAUAGUGUACGCGCUGCUACCGGAAAUGCAGAAUGUGCCCGGCAAGUCGCUGAUGUGCUACGUGGCAGCGCUAACGGCAACCUACAUUUUGCUAGCCCUGAUGCGCUGGGCAGUGUAUGACCUUCUUUCACCCACGUGCUACAUUACUGGGUACAUCGUAUACUUUACGCUACUCGCCGGGUUCUUCUGGCUCAAUGUAAUGUCCUUCGAUAUCUACUGGACGUUCGGUGGAACCCGAGGGCGGACGACUGAGCGCAGAAAGUUCCUCUUCUACUGCCUGUACGCCUGGGGCAUACCGGUGCUCAUUCUGUCGCUGGUGCUGCUGUUUGACCACACGGAGCUUAUCGCAAAGGAUAUGCGGCCACAGAUCGGUGAAAGCCGAUGCUACCUCAAGGAGGACAAGUUGGUCGAGUUCCUGUACAUGUACCUCCCGCUGCUGGUCCUGGUCGGUGUGAAUGUGUUCUUCUUUGCCGUGACGGCAAGGCGUAUCUAUCAAAUGGAACAGGCAACAGCAACCGCCCUAUCCAGUGAAUCGCGACGGCACGCCAAGUACGAAAAAGACCGCUACAGGUUCAGUCUCUAUGUCCGACUGUUCACCAUCAUGGGUGUGACCUGGGCGGUGGAGAUAAUAAGCUGGCUCCUCAGCAAACCGAGCUUAGCCUCUUCGCACUGGCUGGUGUAUGUGCUGGACGUGUGCAAUUGUUUCACCGGGAUCGCCAUCUUCUUUCUGUUUGUCUGGAAGCAGAAGGUGAAGACACUGUUGCUGCAGCGAUUCUCCAAGCAACGAGCGACCGGACGCAAGGGACACCAGGCGUACGCCACUAGCACUAUCAGCACGACUCAAUCGACGGAAGCGAAACAUGACCCAAACACCACCAUUACCCUUACCGAUAUGACUCAUGCAAAUUGAUGUAUUUACACGAUGCCCCCAUGUCUAGUCGUUAGCACGUACGCGGUAUGCGUGAAACAUAACUGGCGGCACACGAAACACUCGGCACACGAUCAUUGGCUAUCACAAGAGCGACGCGUCGUUCUCACCGUCGUCUGCACACUGAAUUGGUGCCCAUCUACCACCAGUUUCAUCUUGUUGUUCCGGUUCCUUCGCUUUCUAACAACGCAGAACAUCCAAAGUAUUAAACCGUGGUUUCGUGGUGUGACGCUGUGGUAUCAAAGGUUUUUGGUGCACAAAGCAGGAAGAUUGGUCGUAAAUUGUAAGACCUCGGUAUUGAUUAACCCAUUUUGCAGCACAUUCUGUCGUCAUCGAAAACUGUUGUAACUCUAUUGUAAAAGGGUGUUCAUAAUUUUGCCAUAUUAUCUUUUGCAUCUUUCUUCUUCUUCAGUAAGCAGCCUGAAACCUGUGUGCGCACACCGGGAGAUCCUAGACCGGAAGACCUUAAACCGGGGCUGGGAGAUAGUACUUAAUUCGGUUGCAAACCCCGUUACAAAGGGCCAGCGCGAAGAUCUAGCUUAGCAGCUAAAUAGUAUUAUUUAUUUGAUAGCAUCCAGCGUUAUGGUACAUGACAAUCCUGCCCGCCUGAAACAUAAUAUUGAAACAAAGUAUAAGUUCAUGCGAAAGAGAAUAGGGUGCUUUGUGUGGAUUCGAAUGAGUCAUUACUGAGCGAUGAGAUUGAUAGUUUUAUAUCGUCUUCUGGGUCAUUGUGCGCUAUAAAUAGACGCGUUCGGCAUUUUACCCAGAGCAUGAACAUAUGUUUUGGACUCCAUAUUCCAGCGACUAGCAAGAUUGUGGCUAUAUCAUCGGUUAACAGAUGUUGAUCUGAAUCGUCUGGUAAUUGUUGUACGUGUUAGAUUGGAAUAGCUUGACAUUGACCUAGCAUUGUAAAUGAUAUCGAUUCAUGUAAAAUAUCAAAGUAAUUUUUACUUCUUAGGAACAUCAAAUGUGUCUACUAGAGGGAAUAUAAAAAUACAGCAUAACACUUCUAUAUUCAACGGAGGAAUAUAGCGGAGUAACAUCAUUACCAGUAAAUUCAGUUUUGAUCGGUUCUAUAACUCCUCCUUUUAUCACAGAUUCACCGAUCAGUCAAACCAUAGCAGUUCUAAGGACAGCACUGAUAUUUAAUUUUCAUUUUUUAUACUAUUUGUUUGCUAAGCUAUUAAUUAAUUUAAGAUUAUGUGCACAACGGUAUCACCAUCUGUUCUUUUCAGGGGAAGGAACAUGAUAUAACAUAAAGCCUCAUGUUAAUGCUAAUGCUAAUUAUGUUUUUUUUUUAUUUUAAGUACAAUCAUCCUUUGUGAAUUCAUAAAAUGAAAAAUAAAGUCAACAUGUUAGAUUUGAUGCAAA